AUGCGCCCAUCAUCAUCAUCAUCAAUAACAACCCCCCUCGCCCUCCUCCUCGCCGCAGCAGGCUCCAUCCUCGCCCAGGACCUAUCGCGCCCAAUCGUUAUCACGCAGGAGGCAGAGGUGAACCAGAGGACGCGAGUCGGCCGGCUAGCCUACGGCGCGUCGAACCUCGACUUUGGGUACGCGGCUGGGGUGGGGAUUAAUUUUGGGCGUGGUACGGUCGGCGGCGGCUUCAACGCCGGCGUUCCCGGCGCCGGCGAGGACGGCGCUAUGCGGGGCCAGUGGACGGUGUCGGCGGAUAACAUCACUUUUGGGCUGGAGGCGGCCUUUGGGGGGGUGGCGGUGGAAGUAGCGGCGCGGGUGGAUCCGGGGACGGGCAAGUUGACGGUGUGGGUUAAUGGGGAGGAGGUGCGGCUUUGA